AUGAAAAUCACCAAUAAUCCAACAAAACAUUGGGAUCCAGCAUUAAUUUCAAAUAUAAUUAAAGAUUACGUUAUUAAAAAUGGAGUAGAAGUUGUAAUAACUUUUGACAAUAAAGGAAUUUCUGACCACUUAAAUCAUAUUUCAGCUUAUAAUGGUGCAAGACAUUUUAUCAAAACAUUUCCUGAAACAAAUCUUAUUUUAUAUAAACUUGUGACGGUUAAUAUAAUAAGGAAGUACAUUUCAAUAUUUGAUUCUCUUUUAACUUAUUUAAAUUUCAUAUCAUCAUCUCGUCAUAUUUCAUCAAAGGAUACCACCAAUAAAGAAUUAGAUUCAUCUUCUUUAAACAAUUUGAUGUUAUUUGUUUCAUCAAAAGAACAAUUUUAUCAAACAGUACAAGCAAUUGAAUGUCACAAAAGUCAAUUAAUUUGGUUUAGAUAUUUAUAUUUAAGAUUUUCAAGAUAUAUGUUUAUUAACGAGUUAGAAAGAGUUGUAUAG